AGCAUUUCGAGUCGCCAUAAGGCCAUAACCUAUAAUAAGUCUCCAACAAUUGAACAAUGGCAACACAAGCAGCAAAAGGUGCUGCGGCACAAACAGUGAAAUAUUUUAUGGGAAAAUGCAUGCCCUCGGUAAAAACGAAUGCAACAAGAGUUCAAAUACCUGUAUUCGAGUACGAUGACUAUUUACAUAUGCAUUUUAGAAAGUAUCAAUAUAUUUUUGCUCAUGAUCCAAAUAGAUUGUGCAAAACUGGAGAUAUGGUCUUAGUGCAAAGUUUGCCAGAAAAAAUGACAAAACAUAUAACACAUAAGGUUAUUGAAGUCAUAAUGCCUCUUGGAGAUGUAACUGAUCCAAUCACAGGUAAAAAGGUUGCUGCUAGCGUAUACAGAGAAAACAUUAAGGUAGUAAAUGAAUUUUACGGAGAGUCAGAAAAUGCCUUUAAAUACGAUAAAAAUUACAAGAGAGGAUCUCUCGAGGAUAAAAGAGAUUUCACACACAAACCAGCUUAUAAAAAGUACUAUGAAGAUCCAAAUGACCCACAGCCUUAUGCUGUUUAAAUAAAAUAAUUUGUAGAAGAUAAGCAAAAAAUGUUACUGUAAAAAAUAUUGUUUACAUUAGAUAAAAUAUCAGUUGAUUUUUAUUUUGUACACUUUUAGUGCAAAAAAUUCAAUAAAAGAAAAAACUUACCAAAGUAAUUUUUAUACAUAUUAUGUAAUACGGCCCAGAAUGUAGACUAAACUAGGAACAUUUUUUGUACUUGAAUAUACUAUUUUCUUUUAGCUCUUUAUAAAGUAAAACAAAUUUAUCUUGAUAUUAUUCAAUUUUUUAAGUUCGAUGUAAAAAAAAUGAUGUUUGCAAUAGCCAAUAGUUUAAAUUACAUCUAUUAAUAAAUACCACUGUAGUAUUUACAA